CUUUGUGUUGUGAAUUGUUGUGUUCGUUCGUGAUUCGAUCUUUUAGGUUACACGUAUGUUAUACUUUGUUUAUACUUAAUCAAUUUUAUUGCGUCCGUGCAAUAUUUUGACUUAAACAGUGGGCAUGAAAUUCGUUUAAAAUUCGUAUCAAAACCAAUUCUUUUAAUGAUUCUGUUUACAUUUGUAUCUCCAAAUCGAGCAUAAGGACUUCAUCAUUUUUUGUAAAUUACGCAGUAAAAUUAUUUGUCAACAGCCAUAGCGAAUCGUUUUACAAACCUUAUAUUUAUGUUUUAUUUAAAGCAAUUUUCCUGAACUGAAAUUCCUUUUUAUUCUUGAAAAAACUGAAAGAUCAAGCAUGUCUGCAUCACCGAUUGCUAGGCAAGCUACCCAGAGCCAAAACAUACCUUCCAAACGAGUCGUUAUUAACGAUCCCAAUCAGUUACCUAUUGAUUAUUCAUCUACCCCCGGUGGAACGCUUUUUUCAACUACGCCCGGAGGUACACGUAUUGUUUAUGAACGUGAUUUCUUGAUGAAUCUACGAAAUUCUCCCAUAUCACGAACACCACCACGAAAUAUGCCAUCCAUACCCGGAGUGUUAUUAAAAAAUACAUCAAGUCUCUCAACAUCAGCGAAAAAUCAAAUUAACAAAGAUACUCCAGUAAUUGAAGAAUCUGCAGAACAAUUUGAGAUGGACAUGUAGAAAUUGUAAUUACAAUAUAUUCAUGUUGUGCCAGUCACUUUAAUGAAUAGUAAGAAUCAAUAUAUAACAGAAAAAUAUAUUAGCAAUUUUUAUAUAACUAUGUGCCAUUAGGGGCCUUAAAUAGCAAUAAGUGUUUAUAACAUCUAAAAAUGUUAAAUGUAAUUGAUAUAGUUACACUGAUUCAUUGCAUUAUCAUCUUAUAUGCUAAUAAAGGUGACAAAAAAUUUUAAUCAGUACAUUCAUGUUUGCACUAUUGGAUGUAUUACUUUAUAAUUUCACAUAUAUUUGUACAACAAUGAAUAAAUGGUAUUUUGAUAAUAAAA